AUGACAAUGCCAUGCGGGGGAGAGGAGAAAGGAGAAGGGAAGGAAAAAGGACACUUGGGAUUGGAGACGAUAAUGACCAUGCAUUUUACGACGACACCGACGGUGCCUGAUUUGCGCCAUCGUCGUCGACUCAACGAAUACAUAUCGCACUAUGAGGAACUCAACUAUGAUCAUGAGCACAUCCGAGCUAGUCACAAUAGAGCGAAACGAUCCGUGACCAAAGAUCAUCAUGUAGAUUUAAAAUUUUCAGCACACGGAAGAGACUUCCAUCUUAGGCUAAAACGUGAUUUAAAUACAUUUAGUGAUAAGUUAGAGUUUUAUGAUAGCAACAAUCUCCCCUUGGAUGUGGCCACCGAUCACAUUUACGAGGGCGAAGUGAUAGGGGAUCGUAAUAGUUACGUAUUUGGUUCCAUACUGGAUGGGGUAUUCGAGGGUAAAAUAAUAACCGAACGUGAUGCCUAUUAUGUUGAACAUGCCAAGCGUUAUUUUUCACCAACAACAAUAGCAGCAGUACUUAGUACGAAUGGUACAGAAAUGCCAUUGGCGCAGCGACUGGUUGCAGAACAGUAUACAGCAACAACUGCGGCAAGCAGCACAUCAGCAUCAGCAUCAACGCCGACGACGAGCUCAACAACAACAACAACAAUGGCGAGCACAACGACGACAUCAGCUCCAUUGAAAACAUCUCCAACGUCCGCCGGAAAUCAUGAAAACGGACAAACUGACGACAAUCGGAAUAUUGGUUUCCAUUCCAUUAUCUACAAGGAGUCACAUGUCGAUGAUGCUUACAAGGACAUGCGUGAAGGACAUGUUGGUGGUUGUGGCAUCACAGAGGAAGUAUCCCAAUGGAUGGAGAGUAUACAGAAUUCCGCUGUUGAAGAGUUGCCAGAACCGAUGUCGAAGGAUGAUCUCACCCACCAAAAACAACAGCACAAAUACACCAGACCCAACAGCGCGCGCCUGACACAAACACAAGAAGAAGCGGAACAAGAACGAGAUAAUGCCGCAUUCUCAACAAAUAAGAAACACAAAAAAUCCACAAUCGCACCAGCGACAACAACAGCAACAAGAGUUGCAUCCGCGCAACAGCGUCCUCCAAAAAAAUACUCAAGUCACACAGCUGGCACUGGCGAGACGGUGACGAUGACGACGGCGCCGAGGAGCGACUCAAUAGCCGACUACUCCACCAGUACGCCAGGCGAUGAUGACUUCAAAUAUCCUUAUCAAAAAUACUCCAAAGAUGCAAAUUUUCGCUUCGAUGAUGACGCGGCUUCAGCGUGGCGGCCAUUUUCGCCCAAAGCUGCAGCCGAUGACAUUUAUGGCAUGGCCAGGGACAGCAACAGCGACGGCAGCAACGUCAACGGCAAAAGUUUCUCAGGGGCAUUUUAUGAUCCGGAAACGGGGCGCAAGUACACGCCCCAGUACAUGGACAGGGCUGAAUGGCAUGCAAAGGUGCAUGAACGUGUGCGACGCGCUGCCGGUGGUAAUCCAAAUGGACCAGCUGCGCGACGUGAAGAGAACAAAAAUACCUGUUCGCUGUAUAUACAAACAGAUCCGCUGAUAUGGCGGCACAUACGAGAAGGAAUUGCUGAUCAUGAUCGUGGCCGCAAAUACGAGAUUGACGUAAAGACGCGUGAGGAGAUCACUUCACUAAUCGCACAUCACGUUACUGCCGUUAAUUACAUUUAUCGCAAUACUAAAUUCGAUGGACGUAGCGAGCACCGCAACAUACGUUUUGAGGUGCAACGUAUCAAAAUCGAUGACGACUCCGCCUGCCGCAAUUCAUACAAUGGCCCACACAAUGCCUUCUGCAACGAGCAUAUGGAUGUGUCAAACUUUUUGAAUUUGCAUUCGCUGGAGGAUCAUUCGGACUUUUGUUUAGCCUAUGUGUUCACUUAUAGAGACUUCACCGGUGGUACCCUGGGCUUAGCUUGGGUGGCUAGCGCUUCUGGUGCCUCUGGUGGCAUUUGUGAGAAAUUCAAGACUUACACUGAAACAGUCGGUGGCCAAUAUCAAAGCACAAAACGCUCGCUAAAUACGGGCAUCAUCACAUUCGUUAACUAUAACAGUCGUGUGCCGCCGAAAGUGUCGCAACUAACGCUGGCGCACGAGAUUGGGCAUAAUUUUGGGUCGCCGCACGAUUAUCCGCUAGAAUGUCGUCCGGGCGGCCUAAAUGGAAACUUCAUUAUGUUUGCCAGCGCCACCUCAGGCGAUCGGCCGAAUAAUUCAAAAUUCUCACCGUGUUCAGUACGCAAUAUAUCCAAUGUGCUGGAUGUGUUGGUUGGCAACUCGAAGCGAGACUGCUUCGAGGUGUCGGAGGGUGCCUUCUGUGGCAACAAGAUUGUUGAGUCGGGCGAGGAAUGCGAUUGCGGUUUCAACGAAGAGGAAUGCAAGGACAUUUGUUGCUAUCCGCGUAUAAUCAGCGAGUACGAUUUCUCGAUGAACAGCUCAGCAAAGGGUUGUACCCGUCGCGCUAAAACGGAAUGCUCGCCGUCGCAAGGUCCUUGCUGUCUGUCCAACUCAUGCCAGUUCGUGCCAACGAACUAUCAUCAAAAGUGCAAAGAGGAAACGGAAUGUUCCUGGUCAAGCACGUGCAAUGGCACCACUGCCGAGUGUCCGGAGCCGAAACCGCGUGAUGACAAAACGAAAUGCAACAAUGGCACUGCGCUUUGUAUACGCGGCGAAUGCUCUGGCAGCAUUUGUCUACUGUGGAACAUGACUGAGUGUUUCCUCACUUCACAAGCGGUGCCGCAUGUCGACAAGCGUCGAUUGUGUGAGCUCGCCUGUCAGAAUGGCAAUGACAGUGGCACCUGUCGCAGCACCAGUGAGUUUGCGCAUAAGUUUGGUUUGCCCGAAGGUGGCAUUAACUUACGACCCGGUUCGCCGUGCGACAAUUUCCAAGGCUACUGUGAUGUAUUUCUUAAAUGUCGCGCCGUUGACGCCGAUGGGCCAUUGGUCCGGCUUAAGAAUUUGUUGCUGAAUCGCGAGACCUUGCUGACUGUAGCGCAAUGGAUCACCGAGUAUUGGUACUAUGUAGUUAUAAUGGGCGUGUGCUUUAUCAUUGUGAUGGGCAUUUUCAUUAAGUGCUGCGCCGUGCACACGCCCAGCUCAAAUCCGAAGAAGCGGCGAGCGCGGCGCAUUAGCGAAACGCUGCGCGCGCCCAUGAAUACACUUAGACGAAUGCAACGUCAUCAUCAAGGCCGCGGUGCUGGCCCACGCAGCAUACCACCGCCAGCGCAUGAGCAACGCGGUGGCGGCGGUGCUGCCAGUGCUAAUCAUCGCAGUGCGCAUCCCCAUCAUUGGGAUCGUCAUCAGGGCGGACACUCUGUAGUGCCGCUGCCCACAGGCGGUCCACAUCAUGUGCAUAAUGCUAGUGGGCGUGCGGCAGCAACUGGAGCGUCAGCGGUUGCAGCAAGUGGCCGAACGCCAGCUAAUGGACGUAGCUCACGGCCAUCAACGCGACCAUCGAGCGGUACACGCAGCACAACACAUGGCGGGUAUGGAGAUAUACCACCAACUGGUCUUGUGGUUGGUGGUGUGCCAACGGGUGUUGGUGUUAGUAGUGGUGUUGGUGGUGGUGGUGUGCCAAAUGGCGCAUUAAUAGUUAGCGGCAGUGGCGGCGGUAAUGGGCCCAGCGCUGGUGUAAUUGCACGCCAGCAAAUGCCUCUGCCAUUGCCGCCCACCAGCGCGGUGCAAGCGCAACAAUUACAACAACAGCAGCAACAACAACAAGUGCAGGCAACACUUUCGCAAGCAUACUAUGCGCCACCGAAAGCCGUCGCUCCGCAACCAGCAAAUUAUAAUCGGCCGCCUUCGCUGCACAAUCCAGAAUUGUAUGCAGACGCUUAUGCCGCGCUGGGACGGGGCGCGUAUGAGGCGACCGCGCGCCCACCCAACAGCAAAGUUUGACAGCAGCAACAGCAGACGCAGACGCUGGCGCCGCAAACGCUCAAGAAACAGCAGCAAAAAUCAACAGCAACAAAAACCACAGUAACAACAACACAAAAAUCAAAUGAACUCAAAUUAAAUGUAAAUGUACUUUUUAUGCUAAUUAUUAUUAUUUAAAAAAAAAAAGAAACAAACAAAAGAAAACGAGACAAAGAAGAUAAACAAAAACAAAAAACACUACAAAAAAAUACACACGUAAAUAUAAAUAUAAAUAUAAAUAUAUAUAUUUUUUAAAUUAAUUGAUAUACAAAACACACAAAAAUAAGCAUAAAAGUAAUCAAAAUGAACAAAACUAAAAAUUAAAAAUGAAAUAGUGAAAAAGAUUGUAAGCAUAGGAAAAAAUGAGAAUAUGAACCCGGUUGCAUAGCUGGGACCAAAAACACAAGAAAAAGGCGAAAUACUAAAAUAUUUAGUUAAUAGAAUGGAAAGCAAGCAGAAAAAUUGAUAUAAAAAAUUUACCGAAGCAGACAACUAAAAAGGAUUGUUAAAAAUUAUAUAAAGCGAAAUAAGCAAUGCGAAUGUUAAACUAAAAAACGCAAACACGUCAAAAAGACUAUAAAGGAAAAUUGAUAUAAAAUGUAGAAAAAAAAAACAAAAUUACAAAUAACUGAUAAAUUAAUUAUACAUACAUGAAAUGCGUUGCUAUUAAAUGGGUAUGAACUAAAAUAAACAGUGAAAAAUAAAUUGUAAUUAAAUGAAUAAAAAUUUAACAUUUUAAAAAUUGUAAGGCAAGCGAGAAGGAGAAAGUUUGUAAUAUUUUCAAAACCUAAAAUAUAGCAGAUAUUAAAUUUACGAAUCUGUUUUGCUAGCUUAAGAAAUGAAAAACGCAUUAAAAUGAGAUAAAAUGUUGGACCUGCAUUAGAAAUUAAUAGAGACUAAAUGGUUUUGUAAAAGAGAGCGCUUAGCAAGGAAAGUCGCCAAGUUGUGCACUCAUUGAUAUAUACAUACACAUUAGGGCGGGUCGAUUUAAAAAUCGCUCAUUGCUCUGUGAAAAUCGUAUUCUAGGGAUCAAAAUAAGAAACUUUGCCGAAGGAACCAUACCUCUAAAACGAAUUCUGAUGUCCCGCAAUUUGGGUCGAACGAAAAAUCCCACUUUGACUCAUUUAGAGUGCUCCAAUCGAGUCCAAAUGUAUGACCGACCCCCACUAACUUUGGACGGCCGAUCCACCCAUGCCAGUGGCAUACCCCCUGGAACUCCCCUGGGGGGUUCCCCAUACAAUCAUUUCAAAAUAUCACCAUUUUUGGCCUUUACAUGAGAAAAGAAACUAAAAAGUUCCAUCCAAAUUGGGGGACAUCAGAAUUCGUUUUAGAGGUAUGGUUCCUUCGGCAAAGUUUCUUAUUUUGAUCCCUAGAAUAUGAAUUUCACAGAGCAAAUGGGCGAUUUUUUUGCCUACCCACAAAUCGCCCCGGCCUAAUACACAUAUAUGGGUAUAUAUUAAUGUAUGCAUACAUAAAUUGUGGAAGAGAGCGAAAAAUAUUUCAAAUUUUAUAAUUAAGAACUUUCACUAUUCUCACAGUACAUAUUGAAAAAUUGAAAUAGAAUAGUAAGGGAGGGGACAGAGUGAGUAUUCAGUCCUUUACCGACGCCAUAACCAAAGCUAGAGUGCAUUGAAAGGCAGCAAGAAAAACGCUUUCAUAAACCGGUUCGUUUUCAAAAAGACUUCUAUUUAUGUGUAAUAUAACAAAUUUCGAAUUUCUGUUAGUGCAUUCCAAAAAUAAAGCGUACUGUAUAUGUUUGCAAAGCACUUAAGGGGGAACGCUACUGUGGGGGAUCAAAAAAUAGUCGAUUUUUGGGAUUUUUUUUUUGUAAGCUGGAAUGAUUAUUCGAGGAUCGGACAAAAAGGAAGUUAUUAUAUAUGUCUUAAACUAUGUUGAUGUAAAUUGUUAUUAAAAAAUAUUGAAAGUUGAUAAAUUUAUGUAAAUAAACGUAACGAGUUAAAAAAAAAUGGCGUCAUCUGGUGGCAGCGAUACAGCAAUGAAUAAUCAUCUGAAAUCAAUAGUGGCUAUCGUUGUACUUAGCCGUUUUUUUUUGACAAAAUGAUGGUGAUUUGAAUUUCGAUGUGUGUUUUUCACCAUUUUUUUUUAUUUUCAACAGGCCCAAAAAAAUAGUUAUUUUCAAAAUUUUGCAAAUCGGCUACGUACAACGAUAGCCAAUGCGAUAAUACAAAUUUCGAAAAAAAGAAAUUUAAAAUCGGUUCAUUAGGAUCCGAGAAAUCGUUGCCACCGUAUCAAAAAAAGUCGUUUCGAGAAAAACGCGUUUGAAAUAAAACGUCGCAUCGUAAGCGCUACGGGGCCGAACCGACGGUCGCUCAUUUAAGUGCGAAUAGAAUUGGGAAUAAAGCGAAUUUCGCUUUAAAAUUUUUACCACAUUUUUUCGAGUAGUUAUACCAACAAUUUAUGCAAAAGAAAAAAAUUGAUUUUUUUGAAUUUUCGCAGUGGCGUGCCCCCUUAAGGUAGUUUGGUCAAAUACUCAUUUUUUAUAGAUAUUUUUUAGGAAUUUUUUUUUUAAGAAAAUAAAAUGCGAUCGUUUUGAUUUUAUAGUAUUUUAUUAUUGACAUUAAAUAGUGUACAAAAACAAUUUUAAUUUUUUUUUGACAUAUUGUUUUGUAAGUCAAAGUAAGCGUCUGAAAAAAAGAUAGGUGACUUGUCAUUAGGAUUUUAGCUCUUCACUAUGAUUAAAAAAUAAAAGGUUUGCUCAGUAAGCAGCUUUCUCAUUCCCUCUUGACAAAUCGACUCCCUUAGCAAGACACUGGGUUGCUAACUCUAGAAAUUUUUAGCAAAAGUGGAAGAAAAGUAAAAUUCGUAGGAAAAAUAUUUCGUUUUCAAAAACAUAACCAAAACGAUAUGGAAAACAUCCUGACAUACAGCUUAAAUCAGAAUAUCAUAGAACAUAUUUUUGGGGCAAUGAAUGUGAAAGAUGGACGUUGUGACAAUUUGAAUCCGAUGCCUUUCAAAUACAGGUUGGGGAGGUUACCUUAAAGCGGCAUAAGUUACCAACAAGAGCUCAUUUAGCAAUAUGUAACUAAUCACAGAUGGUUUUUUAUGAGGAGUUUUUUCAUGGCAGAAAUACACUCGGAGGUGUACCAUUGCCUGUCGAAAAGCCUUCGCUAUAACAAACAACAUUUUCUAUCAGUUUGUGUUGCAUACCCGGGGUGGUUUGUCAAGUAGGAAUGUAAGAAUAAUCGCGCCUCCAAACUUACAUGGGCAUAACAUAGUAAAGCAAGGCCUGAGUAUGUUCACAGCUUGUUAAUCAACUAAAUUAAUGAUGAGUUCGCUUCUCCUCUGAAAGGCUUUCAUUAGGGACAUAAUACCUAUGUAAUAUAAUAGCGUCAUAUUGGCAAAACUUUCCAACUUCGUGUUGAGUUUUCAAUUUAAAAAUUAAUUCACAAAAUAUCAGUCUGGGCUUAACUUAAUAACCUUAUUUUUUAAUAUCAUUCCUGGCAAUUUCUGUUUGUACCAUUUAUAAUUUAAGUAAAAACAAAACUUUUUUGCUACCAUUUUUACCAAUAAGGUAUUUAAUUUUUCCACUUUCUUUGCCCUUCUUAAAUGCGACCUUUUGUAACGGAGUGUCAACAAUCGAGUGUCACUAGUGAGCGAACCUUUAAUAAUUGAAUCAUGGCUCUUGAGGGCAUCUGAAACGAAAAAGUUAAACUGAUUAUUAUUCUGUAGGCUUGCCAUUCUCGCAGGUGCUACAAUGGGAAAAUGUUUUUGAAAAAUAACAAAAUGGCGUACUUUAAAAAAAGGUAUUUUCAAAACAAUCGAAUUUUAUUUUCUUAAAACAAAAAUCCCUAAAAAAACCUUAAAAAAUGAGUAUUUGACCAGACUACUUUCCUACUACCUUAAAGAAAUUAAAUUCAGUUUGCUGUUGUUUCUUUAGAAAUUUGUACACUUUUUCAAGAGGCUGAUACAUUUUCGGGUAAUGUCGCUUGACAUUGUUGCCAAAUUGAUGCGAAAUUAUAAAGUGUGGUUAAGUUUCAAGGGCCGGUAUUGAUUUUGAAUAAAAUACAAUUUUUUUUAGAAAAUUAUUAUCAUUUCUCUUUAUUAGGAUAAUAUUGGUAUGGCUCAAUUACGUAUGGAACAAAAUAUCGGCCAAUGGCCGCCGCGGCCUCAGCGGCACACCUCCAUCCGAUGGUCCAAAUUUUCGAUCACGCUGAGGCAUAAUUGAGGUUCUAUGCCGUUAAUGUGCCGAAUUAUCUCAUCCUUUAGCUCUUGAAUUGCUACUGGCUUAUAAACGUACACCUUUUCUUUCAAAUAACCUCAAAGAAAGAAGUCCAACGGUGUCAAAUCACAUGAUUUUGGCAGCCAAUUGACAUCGCUGCGACGUGAGAUUAUUCGGCCAUCAAAUUUUUCGCGCAAAGGAGCCAUAGUUUCGUUAGCUGUCUGACAAAUGGCACCGUCCUGUUGAAACCACAUAUCGUUCACAUCCAUAUCUUCCAAUUCGGGCCAUGAAAAGUUCGUUAUCAUCUCACGAUAGCGAACAAUAUUCACAGUAACUGCCUGACCGGCCCUCAUUUUGGAAAAAAUAUGGCCCAAUGGUGCCGCUGGCCUAUAAACCGCACCAAACAGUCACUCUUUGUGGGUGCAUUGAUUUUGCGGCAAUCACUCUUGGAUUAUCAUUCGCCCAAAUGCGACAAUUCUGCUUAUUGACGAAUCCAAUGAGGUGAAAAUGUGCCUCAUCACUGAAAUCACGAAGUGCGCGAUAUGCAUUUUGAUUUGAACGCCCGUUUUCAUAAUAAACCUGAAUAACUUUAACGCAUUGCUCGAUUGUGUAUCUUUCCAUGGCUCAAAUUGAGUUAGUCAGAAAUUGAAAAGUGUCAAAUGGAAUGCAGAAAAAAAUUUGACGUUUAAGUGUGGUUCACAUUCAACCUUUGAAAUUUAACCACCCUUUAAAUAAUACUCAUAUAGAAUAUUGAUCAUCCACCGUAGUUGAGUGGGUUGGUGCGUGACUACUAGUCGGUAGUGUACGGGGUUUCCAACCACGUGAAAAAGUUUUCUCUAAAGCGGUCAUCCUGCGACAGGCAAUGGCAAAUCUCCGAGUGUGUUUGUGCCAUGAAAGAACCCUCAUAAAGAGCCAUCUGCCGUUCGGAGGCGGCAUGAGACUGGGACCUAAAACUGCAGGUCUGCGCGUUUGUGGAGCAACACCAAAACACACGUCAGAAAUAGUAGGAGGAGCUCCGCCAGAUACCCAAACAAAGGGUUUGAUUAUUUUUUAUUCGACUCCGACUCUUUAAACUCCGAGUUUCACAUAUGUACAGCUUUUUUUCUUAUACAUUUCAUAAAAAGGAUGCAUUUUUCUUAAUGAAAAUUGUUUAUCGUCAAAUUAACUGUUUGUUUUCAACUUUUAAACUCCCUUGAAGCAACUUACCGCAUUGGCUUCUUUCCUUGUAGCAGCUCGCCUCUGAUGAUUACUCAUUAUUACAGCAUUACAAAAAACAAAAACAAAAACAAAAAACACAUUCGCCUGAUAUUUAAAUAAUUUGCUAAGAUAAGUAAAAGAUAUUAUAUUUUUAUUCAAAUUCGCUUCGUGAAUGCCUCAUUAUUUUAAAUAUUUAAGCUUAGAAUAAAUAGAUUUGUAUGCAAGCAUACAAAAAUUAAGAGAUAAAUAUUUUUAAAAGCACAUAAAGUCAUACAAAAUAUUAUGUUUCUUUAUUGUGUUUAUUUUUAGUUUUUUUUUUUGUAUUUUAAUACACAAAAAUGUAUGUAUGUAGUGGUAAGUGAUAAUUAAUAGGAACUGAACGAGAAUAAUUUUAUCGUGGAUAAGUUUGCGAGCUUUUAUGCAAAAAGUUAAAAAUAAAAUAAAAAUUACUCAAUUUGUUAGUUGACUUUUGCCUGUUCUAUUUUUUACGUAAAUAUUUUGUGUGUGUGUUUUUUUUGUGUGCUCACUAGUAACGAAAAAAAACUGUGAAUAUAAAAAUUGUUUGAAAAAAAUUACUAUGCAUAUGCUCGUAUGUAUGUAUGUAUGUCGAAAGUAAUUAUAUUUUUGUCUAAAUAUGCUUUGUAGUAUUGUUCUUUUUUUUCAAAUUAAUUAAAUUUUAAACGCACAUAUACAAGGUGACGCAAAAUUAAUCACCCUACCGGUAGGUGGCCGCCGUAGCCGAAUGGGUUGGUGCGUGACUACCAUUCGGAAUUCACAGAGAGGUCGUUGGUUUGAAUCUCGGUGAAAGUAAAAUUAAUAAAAAAAUUUUUCUAAUAGCGGUCGCCCCUCGGCAGGCAAUGACAAACCUCCGAGUGUAUUUCUGCCAUGAAAAAGCUCCUCAUAAAAAAUAUCUGCCGUUCGGAGUCCGCUUGAAACUGUAGGUCCCUCCAUUUGUGGAACAACAUCAAGACGCACGCCACAAAUAGGCGGAGGAGCUCGGCCAAAUACCUAACAGAGGUGUAUGCGCCAAUUGUCAUAUGUCAAUCAUAGAGACAAGCAAUGCAGCGGGUAAAUGUCAAAAUGAAGAUUUGCAUCACUCAAAUCAUUUUUUUUUAUUUAAGGCACCUUUCUGGUCUAGAAUUUCGAAAAAAUCGAUUUUUUUCAUGUUAUGAUAGUUUAUACUUUCAAAAAUGUACUUGCAAAUUUUUAUAUUGAAAUUCGUUGUAGUUUAGACGUUAUAACCCUUUAAAACGAGAGCGGUUUGGAGUACGACGCCCAGGUACAGGCUGGGCCAAAUAAGACCUACUAAUGCUAAACACAAAUAACUUUUGCAAUGAUCAUUUAUUUUGGUUAAUUGUUUUUAUACAUUGAAUAUAUUUUAUGGAAAUUAUGUAUGAAAUAUUACAUCAGACAAGUGUCCACCAUUUUUCUCGAUACAAAGAUUGGCUCUUUUUAACGCGUUUUCCGUGGUGUAAUGGAAUAUGAAUAACAUUAUUAAGAUACACUUUGUCUUUUAAAUAUCCCCGUAAAAAGAAGGCGGGCGCAGUCAAAUCUGCCGAACGAGGUGGCCAAGGGAAAUCUGAAUUUUUGGAUAUCAGACGUUCGCCAAAAAUUUCACGCAGCAGGUCCAUAGUUUGCCUAGCAGUAUGCGCAGUUGCUCCAUCUUGUUGAAACUACAAAUUAAGAUACUGCUCCGCCAUUGGCCGCACAAAGUUUUCAAUCAAUGUUCUGUAAGAAGCUCCUGAAAUCGAGUCCGGCGUUUCAUCCUCAUUUUUGAAGAAAUAUGGACCGAUAACUCUAGUGGCCAUAACACCGCACCAAACAGUGCACUUAGAUGGGUGCAACUGAUGUUGGUGUGUUGCCCUUGGAUUUUCAGAGCCUCACAAUCUACAGUUUGGUUUGUUGACAUAACCAUUUAAAUGGAAAUGCGCCUCAUCCGACAUCAAAACAUUAUUUAAAAAAUCAAUGUGCGGCGAGUUGAGACAGAUGGAUCGACUGCAACACUCUGCCGUAGAGUUUCCACGUUGUCUUUAGUGUGAAUAUUUCGAUGGGCACCUCGUCCAGGACGGUCGGCCACUGAACCCAGUUCCUCAAAACGACCGACCAAACUUCUAAUCACGAAAGCUGUGGGAGCUGAUCUGGGAUUAAAAUGUUGCCGAUAUUUACGCUGCGUUAAAACAAUUGAUCGUUGACAAGAAUAGAAAAUUUCGAUAAUUUGACGCGUUGUGUUGUACUGUAGGGCUCCAUAAUAAAUUUCCAACAAUUCAAUUAUAACCUACAAAAAGAGAAAAAUAAAUAUGUCAAAAAAUAAAAAAGUUAUUUUUGCUUAACAUUAGUAAGUCUUAUUUGGCCCACCCUGUGCUAUUAAAAAUAUACUUGCAACUUUUUAUAUGGAAAUUCGUUGCAGUUUAGACGUUGCAGUCCUUUAAAACUAUACCAGUUUGGAGUACGACGCCCAGGUAUAAGCGCGUUAACCGUGUUUUUCUCGAAACUAUUUUUUCCCGAGUUGGCAUUGGUAAUUUCUAAAAAAAUACGGAACCGAUUGAUUUGAAUUUUUAAUAUGUUAUUGAGUCGACUUGUGGCCCUCGCGGGUAGCAGAAUUAUAAUUUCAUAAUCAAUUUUUCUAUUUUUUUAAAGAGAGAUAACGUGAAAAAAAUCCUUUUUUUUGUUUUUCCAAUAAACAGAUAAAAUAUCUAGAAACAUUUUUUUUUGUAAAUCUGCUGCCCACCAUAGCGAAACAUCUCCUCAUGAAGGUAGGUAGGAAGGUUGGGUGGUUGUCGUAGCGACACACUUAGACCUUUCGCAGGUCCAUUGUGAUACCAGAGCUUCGUUAGUUUUAGAUGGGCUAUGUCUGCUACAUCGGUUAAAAAUGCUGUAUCAAGAGUGCGCAGCCUUCUCAUAGCUAAGCUAUCACACUAACAUAAAAGGUGUCUGACUGUUUCCUCUUCUUCUGUAUUAAGACAGCUUCUACAGAAAUCGAAGACGACCAGUUAAUACGCCUAUCAUUUUUCUUAUAGCUUCUCUGUUAAAUCUUAACAAGAUAUUCGAUCGACCGCUGUUCCAGUUCGGCCAUGUCUGUCUGCUUAGUUUGCAUGUUGUGAGGUUUUGCCAGCUUUUAUUUACCUUUUUGAGGGUUUCCCUGUCUAUAAGUAAAUUACAAGUGGUUAUAGGCAUGGGUAUCAGCGCCUUAUUCGGUUGGAGAUCGAGCGUUGUACCGGUUCGAGCAAGUUCAUCCACCUUACAGUUUCCUGCUAUAUUCCUGUGGCCUUGCAUUCACAUAAAGUGCACUUUGUAGCACUUAGAUUCGUCAUUUAGAAGUUUAAAACAUUCCAAAACUGUUUUUGACGAGUGUGUUUCAGAUUCAAGCUCUUGUAUUGCCGCUUCAGUGUCCGAGUAAAUGAAGACUUCAUUUGUGGAUAAUACUCUCGUUUUUAUUACCGUAAGUCCCUCUUUUAUGUCAGUGACUUCCGCCUGAAAUACACUGCAAUGAUCAGGUAGGUGAAAUGAUUGCCAUACUCCGAGUUUAUCGGAGUAAACCCCUCCACCUACUUUUUUGUCUAGUUUUGAGCCAUCUGUGUAGAUGUUUAUAUCAUUUUUCUUAACAAUAAGCCCGUUAUCCCAUUCCUCUUUGGAAGGAAAUACUGUGACAAAGGAUUUAUUUAAGUUGAUAUCCUUGGCCUUACAGAUAUCCGUUGUGCCAGGAAUGCAGGGGAAUUUUUCUAAAAUUGAAGAGUGUCCUCUUUGGCUCGUUCUGAGUAGGUCGAUUUCUCUUAGUCUGAGAGCUGCUUUGGCAGCUGUUUGCUUACUGAAUUGCUCUGUUGGUAAAAGGUUAAGCAUAAUAUUUAGUGCCUCUGUGGGUGUAGUCCUAAAAGCCCGGCAGAUGCAAAGACUGGCCAUUCUUUGUACCAUGGUUCUUUUAAUAUAUAACUUAUUUAAAGCCGGCCACCAUACUACAUAGUAUGCCAUAUGUUAGGAUUGGUCUGACAAUUGCUGUGUAAAGCCAAUAUACGAUAGAUGAGGAAAUACCCCAAUUUAGUCCUAUCAGCUGUUUACACGAGUAGAGUGCUAUUGUCGCUCUUUUUACUCUAUCUUCGACAUUUGCCUUCUAACUUAGUUUUCUGUCUAGUAUUAGACCUAAGUAGCGGGCCUCAUCACUGAAUGACAGUGCCGUUCCACCUAGAGUCGGGGGAGCUAUAUUUGGAAUUUUAUGUUUCCUGGUAAAUAGGAUGAGUUCAGUUUUAUUUGGGGUUGACGCUUAGCCCAUUUGCUUUUGAUCAGUUUUCAACCAUGUUUAGUAAAUCUUGCUAAGUAUAUAGGGAAAUUUCCCUCUUACUACCAUUGCAACAUCAUCCGCAUAUGCUACGAUGUGUUGUCCUCUCUCCUCUCGGUUCUUUAGCAAGAAGCUUAAUGCUAGCACCCAUAGGAGAGAGGACAGCACACCGCCUCUGCUAACUUUUUUCUUGAUCUUUGAGGUCCCUAGGGUUGCAAUCAUAAAUCUGCUCAAAAGCAUGUUUUUGGUGAACUCAACCAGAGCGCCAGAGAUCCCGAAUGGUAGGUAGGUAGGUCGGUAAGAUGGCAGGAGUACCCAGGUACACUACAAGUAGCACUUACGUGCCAUUUUGAUACCAUAAAGUGGACCACUACCUGUGAAAGGAUUAAGGGAGGAGAUAAAACCGUCUACAGCCAUCCAGUGCUGUUGAUGUAGCGGAGGAUCCCGAAUAAUCGACCGAAUUGUUUUUUUCAGACGUACCUGAGCAGCCCAAUCAGUUACGCCAGUGGCAUGUGUUACGUCAGGGGAAGAAUUUUUUUUUAUUAAUAUCAUUGAAAAAAAAAUUUUUUUUUUUUGUAAAUAAAGAAUUGAUCUAAUGAAUAAUAACGAUACCGAUUGUCUUGUUUCAAUUUUCAAUUCCCUCAAUUUUCACGUCUCUAGACCAGAAAGGUGCCUUAAUAAAAAAGUUAUUCAAAAACCUAAUUGGAUGAUUAAUUUUGCGCCACCUUGUAUUAAGCUGGAAAAAAAACCGAAAAUAAGCUUUUUGUGUAUUACUAUUUUAGACUGUCAUUGCGAUAGUUUCAAAUACUUUUGAAAAAGUGCUUUUAAUAUUUGCUUAGCUCCGACAUGGAGUUAAUUUGAUUUGAUAGAUAGAAAUUUAAUGUUUCGGUGCAUUUUAAUAUUUUUUAUUUGUGAAAGAAUGCAUUCAAAACCCACCUAAUGGCGAAGUCGUGAGAAAUUGUUUGUGCUUUUGGCUUUCAGUAUUUUGAAACAUGCAUUUUUGGCACCUCAAUACGUGCUAAUACAUUCAAAUAAAUGUAAAUUUUAAUUUCGAAUAAAAAAUAUAUGAAAUAUAAUAAAUUUCCCUUAAACAACUGUAAAGGUAUUUUUUUAUAUUCCAUACUUAUUCUGCUGAUAUUUAUGUACAUAUAUUUACUAAGACAAUGCAUUAAAUUAAAAAAAUAAACUUUUUAGUGUUGUUUUUUUAAUAAAUUUGCUCAAACCUGUGCUUGAGUGCUAAACUGGCUAAACUGAGGAUGGUAGGCAUUUGGUCGAAAAAAGAAUUUAAAAAUAUAUUUAUCAUGUAUGUCAAAUAUUAUAUUUCGAUCCCAAGGAAUUUCAGGCUGCAAAUAUUGUAUUAAAACACGAAAAAAAAUCAUAAGCUCAUCUCUUAAGAUUAGUUUUAACGCAUGGUACUGAAUCGGUGUUCCCGUGAAAUGGCUGUCAAGACCUAGAAAAAUUGCAUUGCCGUGAAAUAUACGUGAAAGUUCGUAUGUAUUUCACGGCAAAGUAGUGAAAAAGUUCACGCCGUGAAAACACCAGCACAACAAGCCAGCUACUUUUUUUUACAUCUAUUGGAAAUGCGCUUGUCAUUUAAAAUUGAGCGAAAACUGACAGUUCGUUUGCGAGUGAAGUGCCUGUGUUCGAAUACUCCGAAGAUAUGGCAUUCUUAGAAAAAGUGCAAAAGUACGUUCACAUAUGCAGUGAUUAGCAAUAAAUCCACAAAAAUUAAUCUGCCUUUUCACAUAUGGCAGAUUACCUGCAAAAUUGACAAUCAGCUGUCAAGACAGUUUUGAAAGGUUUAUUGAAUAGAAAUUGGUUUGGUGGACUAUUUUCGUUUGUUUUGUUUUGGUUUGGUUUAAUUACUUGUAUUAUUAAUGAUAUGAAGAAGAGGCAAAUAGAAGCAAUAAUUAAUUUAAUUGCGCAAUUGGCUGCUUAUAAUAUACAGUUGGAGCAAAUCCGUAAGCGCGGUUUACUGAGGUUGCAAAAAAUUAUGGCAGCAAUGCGCAUGGGAUAUUCUACUAUAUUACAUUUUACCUAUAAUAAGUAAUAAGAGGACAAAACGUUUAUGGACACACGCUUUUUUCUGUAAAACGAAUCCCUAACUAAUAAUAUUUAACAAACAUUGUAUUAGAUUUAUGUUUACAGACCUGCUUUCUUUGCCGGCAUCCAUUUCAUUUAGUUUUUAUUUUGAUGUUUCUCUUUACAUUCGGAAUAAUUAUCGAUAACACAGAAAACACUUUGCCCAAGCUGUCCUAAUGCAAUCGAAAGCUCGGAACACGUGGCUAUUCAUUGUGAUCGCUUCGCACGAGAACGUGCAAUACUUGAAAGGGUUUUGGGACACUCAGCUAGUCCUAAUGACAUCGUACAGGACAUGCGCUCAUCCAGUGCUAAAUGGGUGGCGGUUCGAGCGUUUGCUGGAAAAAUUAUGCUACGACUCCAAUUCAUCGAAUGGGAGCGCAAGACCCAGCAACAGCAGCUACAGUUGCAAUUUCGAAAUGGAGAUGAACUGUUUUCGGACAGAAUGACGACGAACACAGCCACUUGAGUCAAUCACUCACAAUAAUAUCAGACAGAAGACAAGACGAUAGUUCGUAAAUACUGCGAUAUCGCAAAUUUUCCGAUGAUCCAUUUCCUCCAGAACCACGUAUGAAAGCAGUGGGGGGAGUGGAUACCAUCGCUGACGUAAGAUCUCCAUACGUGCACAAGAGAAGGACCUGGACGCAGGUACCUGGUUGUGUCAAUAGACAUAAACGCGGCUCCACCUUGAUGAAAUGUUUACAGCGGUCCCAGGGUAGAAAUUAGCCGAGGAGGAGGAAUGUUAUAGCGUUAGUGGGAGCAUGCCCCACAUACCACUGGUGCGACGCCGCCUUUGAUGAUGUUUCUGACAUUUUGAAACAAAAAAAAACAGAAAACACAGAGUUGUGUGUCGAAAAGUAUCGUUGUUAUCUAGGAUUAUUUUAUAAUCUUAGAUUUUGGGAGAGAAAUUUUGUAUGGGAAAUCGCGCUUUUUAAUUACGGAUUUUGAGUUAAGCGCGAAAAAGUAGAUCAUCUACUUAUAUGUGAACGUAUUAUAAGACAUAUGGUAAACAAACUGCUUCGACACAUUAGUGAUUUUGUUUUGGUGUCAUAUACUUUUGGGUUUGUGAAAAUGUCUGAUUUUGUGCCGAAUAAUCGUCAUUUGUGGGAAGUGUUGAUUUUCCUCUUUCAUUCGAAAAAAAUGGCUGCUGAAGCGCAUCGAGAGCCACAAAAAGUUCGUGGAGAUGUUGCCUUAAGUGAAACAACGUGCUGAGAUUGGUUCCGUCGCUUCAAAGACGGUGAUUUUAAUGUUGACGACCGUCCACGUGAAGGGAAAUCAAAAACCUUCGAAGACGCUGAGGUUUGCUGAGGCACUGCUCAACGCAAGAAGAGCUUGCUUCAGUUUAGGAGUUACCGCCAAUCCAUUUCCAAGCGAUUGCAUGCUUUGGGAAUGAUUCAGAAACAGGGGAUUUGGGUUCUUUAUGAGUUAAAACCAAGGGAUGUGGAACGUCGUUUUUUCGCCUGUGAACAACGCUCCAGUCGCAAAAAAGGAAGGACUUUCUUCAUCGCAUCGUGAUGAGUGAUGAAAAAUGGAUUCACUACAGCAAUUCAAAGAAAAGAAAGUCAUGAGGUCAUGCUUCUACGUCGACGCCUCCACCGAAUAUUCACGCUGCGAAAGUUAUACUAUGUAUUUGGUGGGACCAAGUUGGUGUUAUUUAUUAUGAACUGUUAAAACCAAGCGAAACCAUCACUGGGGAUCGGUAUCGACUUCAAUUGAUGCGAUUGAGCCGAGCACUGCGCGAGAAGCGGCCGCAGUACGCAGAGAGGCAUGAAAAAGUGGUUAUACUGCAUGACAACGCUCGGCCUCACGUUGCCAAACCUGUUAAAACCUACCUGGAAACACUGAAAUGGGAAAUCCUACCUCACCCGCACCCGCCAUAUUCUCCAGAUAUUGCGCCGUCCGAUUAUCACCUGUUCCGAUCGAUGGCACAUGGUUUAGAUGACCCGCAGUUCCAUUCAUAUGAAGACAUCAAAAAAUGGCUUGAUUCGUGGAUAGCCUCAAAAGAUGAACAGUUUUACCGCGACAGCAUACGAGAUCUACCAGAAAGUUGAGAAAAAGUAGUAGCCCGUGACGGGCAAUACUUUCAAUGAUUCACUUGUGACCAUUUUUUCAGAAUAAAGUUGUAUUUUCAGCAAAAAAAAAACACCGAGAACUUAGUUGCGCACCUAAUAUAUGUUUUCAUUAAUUUAUAGAGUAUGUAUUUAAAAAAAAAAACAUCUUUGAGAAAAUAGUUAUUUAAUAUUCAAAAUUUUAUGGCGCUAUUUAAAUAUAGUGUGUCCGAAUUGUCUGAACUAGAAAGAAAUUUUCAAAAGUUUGCUAUCUGCGUUUUUAGUCAGAGUAAAGUAAAUCAAUUUUUUGGAAAGUACCUCAUUAAGUCUAUAUUCUUAUACCUUUCAACGCUGAUGUAUAAUAGUUUUGCUGACAAAAUGACUGAAUGUCAAGAGAAUUCUUGUGCGCUCAAUAAAAAAAAAAUUAAUAAAAAAAGAUGUAAAAAGUAAAUAAAUUUAAUUUAGCACCGAAGAUAAACAAGCAAAUACGAAAAUGUGCAAAUGAAUAAUUAAAUAUGUAAGUAACAAACACUACAAAUUACAAAAUGUUAAAAUAGAAAUAAAACAAGGAAAGCGUGACACAAAAAAACAAAUAAAAAUUCAGCAAAAAACUGAAUAAAUAAAUAAAACAUAAAAAUAUUGUAAAUAUUCAACUUUGAAAAUUAGUAUAUUUAUAAAAAAAUCUAAAUAAACACACACACAUUCAAAUAUAUAUACAUACAAACAUACACGCAUGCGUGCAUAUAAAUAUAUUUGCGUACAUAACCUGUAAGUGCAUAUUAGUCCGUAAGUGCGAAUGAAAGAAAAAACAAAUCCCUGAUGAGAAUAAUUCAGAUUUAGCUUAGCGUAAGCGAAUGCUGAGAUACAAGAAAUAAAACGUAAGAAAUUAAUCAAUAUUGCAAUAACCGGCAUUGUAAAAAACAAUAAAUUCAUUGAAGCAUACAUACAAACAAACAUACAAACAUACGUGUACGUUCACUAGCGUCGAAGUAAAUACAACAAAAGCACAUUCAACUAUGACAUUAGUUUUUUCCGUUUUCUCAAAUAACAAAUGCAACAAGAACUGCAACAGCAACAACAAAUAUACUAUUAAUUUAAAGCAAAUUAGAUUUAAAUAAAAAAGGGUUAAAGUAAAAUUCGUUUAAGCUAUGAAAACUUACGAAUGAAAUAAAUUUAAUGAGAAUCAUUUAAGAACCAAGAAUCAGGAGCCAAGACAAAAUGAUUACAAGAGACAAAAACUUGGCGUAAUGAUGAAAUGGAUAACAAUAAAAACUACUAUUUUAUAAAAAUAAAUAUUGAAAAAAAAAA